AUGGCGUCGGUCGCCCUCGCGCGCCUGGGCGAGGAGCGCCGAAACUGGCGUCGCGACCACCCGCCCGGAUUCUUCGCGCGUCCCGAGAAAACGGCGAGCGGGGAGACGAAUCUGUUUCGAUGGCGGUGCUCGAUACCGGGCGCGCGCGGGACGCGCUGGGAGGGCGCGUUCGUGCCGCUGACGAUGGAGUUCCCGAGGGAGUACCCGGCCAAGCCGAUGAAGUGUAAAUUUCCUGCGGGAUUUUAUCACCCGAACGUGUACCCGAGCGGGACGGUGUGCCUGAGCAUUCUGAACGAGGACGAGGGGUGGCGGCCGAGCGUGACGGUGAAGCAGGUGGCGCUGGGGAUACAGGAACUGCUGGAUAAUCCGAACGAGAAGUCGCCGGCGCAGAGCGAUGCGUACGUGACGUACACGACGGAUAGGGCGAAGUACGAGCGGAGGGUGAGGGAGGAGGUGGCGAAGUAUCCGCCGCCGGAGUAG